GAAGGUUGCUUGCCAACUGCCAUAAAAACAAAAGAAGAAUAAGAAGAAGAAGCGAGCUGGACGCUAAUAAGUCAGUCUUAUUAUUUGUUCUCCAGUUUGAAAUAUUUACGUCGUAUAAAAUACAUAUUUGAUUCUAUAGUUAAGGAUAAAGUCGUCUCGAUGCGCUAGAAGCACUGUGCCGCUUCUCGUGCUAUCUUUGCUUGUUCGUUAGCUUAGCUCGCUAGUUAGCUUAGCGUGUUAGCUGCUAACAGAAGACACAGAAGUUAUCAACACAUCGCUAAGUAGAGAUCAAGUGUGAGAGUAAAGUGUUGUGAUUAUGUGAAAAUGUCUACAUUACAAAUGUUGAGAGCGUUGGUGGAUCAGCGACUAACUGCUGCUGUUGAAGAAAUAUUUGUAGUGUUAGAAAGAACGAUAGCAGAAUACGAGGCGGAACUUUCUAGAACAAAAGAGGAAAACUAUCAACUACUGGACGCUGUUUUCAAGAAACAUCAAGUUGUGUCACACAGAACAGACCUAAAAGAAGAGCAUCUUCCCAAUGAGCAGGAGGAGGAACCACAGUCCCCCAACGUACUUGAGGAAGAAGAGGUACCACACUCCCAACACAUUAAAGAGGGAGGAGAGGAGCCACAGCCCCCACACAUUAAAGAGGAAGACGAGACGCCACAGACCCAUAAUGUUAAACUGACCCCUCACAUUAAAAAGGGAGAGGAGGACCCACUGACCCCUCACUUUAAGGGGCAAGAGAACCUGCUGACCCCUCACAUUAAGAAGGGAGAGGAGGACCCACUGACCCCCUACUUUAAAGUGGAAGAGGAGGACCAAGAGCCGCCGCACAUUAGAGAGGAAGAGGGCAUCAGUCAGCCUAAAUGGUUGGAGGAGUUCCCAGUGACUGGUGUCCCUGUGAAGAGUGAAGAUGAUGAGGUGAAAGGUGAAAGUGAGGAGAGGGGAGGGGGGGAGCCUCCAAGCAGCAGCUCAACACAACACAUGACAACAGAAGCUGAUGGAGACCACUGUGGAGGAUCACAAGCAGACAAGCUCUUAGCUCCACGAUCAGAUAGUGAGAACACAACGUCACACUCUCCUCACACUGAUGAUGAAGACUCUAAAGAUGAUGCAACAUGUCACACUGACAACAUUCACUUCACAUGUCCUACCUGUCACAAAACCUUUAAAUACCAUUGUCGUCUGAAAACACACAUGAGAACACACACUGGAGAAAAACCUUUUUCUUGUUCACUCUGUAGUAAAGGUUUUACACAAAGUUCACGUUUGGUAAAACACAUGAGAACACACACUGGUGAAAAACCUUUCUCUUGUUCAAUCUGUGGUAAAGGUUUUGCACAAAGUCAACAUUUGAAAACACACAUGAGAACACACACUGGUGAAAAACCUUUUUCCUGUUCAACCUGUGGUAAAGGUUUUGCACAAAGUCAGGAUGUGAAAAUCCACAUGAGAAGACACACUGGUGAAAAACCAUUUUCUUGUUUAAUCUGUGGUAAAUGUUUUACACAAAGUCGAUAUUUGAAAGUACACACUAGAACACACACUGGUGAAAAAUGACAUUCCUGUUCAAUCUGCAACAGAAGCUUUGGUGAACGAUCAAACCUUGUAGCACACAUGAGAAGACACCCAGGAGAGAAAGUGUUGAGUUGCAGUGUGUGUGGUGAAAGAUUGUCUUCUAAGUACCAGUGUAAGAAACACAAGUGUGCUGGUGAGAACUGCAGCAGCAAAUAAAACUGCAGGAUUUGACAUAAA